AUGGAUAAUUCAUUGGGUGCUACAGACAUUGAUAUUGAGAAUUCUGAUUUGAAGUUGGAUUGGAAACCUAGAAAAGGAAUGGAGUUUGAUUCUGAACAAGCAGCUUAUGACUUCUACAAUAGAUAUGGAGGAAAAAAGGGGUUUAGUAUUAGAAGGGAGACUCAUGGUAAGAAUAAAAGAACAAAAGAACUCACUUCAAGAUUAUUUGUUUGCUGUAAGGAAGGUAUUCGAUCUAAAGAUAAGAGGGAUUACAUGAUCAGAAAACCCAAAGCAGAGACAAGAACAGGUUGCGGUGCUAAACUUUGUAUUAAAUUGAAUAGGAGGAACAAUAAGUUCUUUGUUAGCGAUUUUGUUGAAGAGCACAAUCAUCUUCUUGUGGGGAAAGAAUGUUCCCACAUGCUACCUUCACAACGGAAAGUACAAGACUCUCAAGGCAUUGACAUAGACUUAGCACACGAUUCUGGAAUUGGUGUGACUUCUCUAUAUGAAUUGAUGGGUAAGCAAGCAGGUGGAAGAGAUGUUGUUGGGUAUACAAAACAGGAUGUAAAAAACUACCUUCAAUCAAGGAGACAGAGAAGCUUGGAGUAUGGAGAAGCUGGAUAUAUUAUGAAAUAUUUUUCAGAUCAAACAUUGGAAAACCCUUCAUUCUACCAUGCUAUGCAAUUAGAUAGUGAGGAGCAAAUAACAAACUUAUUUUGGGCAGAUGCUAAAAUGAUCAUUGAUUAUGGCCAAUUUGGGGAUGUUGUUAGUUUUGAUACAACAUACAAGGUUAACAAAUCUAAUAGACCUCUUGCUGUGUUUGUCGGAUUCAAUCAUCACCGCGAGACUAUUAUAUUUGGGGUGGCUAUAAUGUAUGAUGAAAGAGUCGAUUCAUUUAUAUGGUUGUUUGAGACAUUUUUGAGGGCAAUGUCUGGAAAGGCUCCAAAUGCAAUAUUUACAGAUCAAGAUGCUGCAAUGGCAAAGGCUCUUUGA